GGGACCAUCAACACCACUUUUCUUGCCCAAUAAAUUCAUCCAACCCUCCUCGCGUACCCUUCCCAUUCGUCGACUACAUGAAACUCUGAUCACAAAUCAACACUCAGCUGCAAUGCUCCGGCGAUCGGAAACCUCACCACUGGAUCAGACUCAUUCAUCCUUAAAGAAGCAAAAGAACUCCUCCUCAUCUUCCUCCAGCUCCCAUUGCCUAACCUUGCUGAUCACCCUCGCCACCCUCUCCAUCCAACUCCUCCUCCUCCUUCUUCACUCCUCACGUCGGAGCACGGAGCCACUUCCACAAGACUGCAACUCCGGCCUCGUCUACGUCUACGACCUCCCUCCAUACUUCAACAAAGACCUCAUUGAUGAUUGCGACAACCUCACCCCCUGGCGCUCUCUCUGUUACCAGCUUUCCAAUUCUGGCUUUGGCCCAAAAACCACUGACCUCGCAGGAACAAUCCCUGACCACCUUCUGUCAUCUUGGCACACCACUGAUCAGUUCGCAGCGGAGCUCAUCUACCACUAUCGAAUUCUCUCUCACCCUUGCCGCACUACCAACCCCUCUCAUGCCACAGCCUUCUACAUUCCCUUCUACGCUGGCCUUGCCGUAGGAAAACACCUCUGGUCACCCAACUCCACCGCACAAGACCGGGACCGUGACUGUUCUUUACUGCUUAACUGGCUAGCAAAGCAAGAAUCUUGGAAUCAAUCCAAUGGGCAAGACCACUUUAUCGUCUUUGGCAGGAUAACAUGGGACUUCCGUCGAGCCAAGGACAGUGACUGGGGCUCCAGCUUUCUAUUCAUGCCGGCAAUGCGCCAUGUGACUCGUCUUCUCCUUGAGCGAAGCCCGUGGGACAAGCGUGACGUGGGAAUCCCUUAUCCGACCGGUUUCCACCCGACAACACCGGGAGAAGUCCGUGACUGGCAAAGCUUCGUGCUAAGCAGGAACCGGUCGACGUUGUUCAGCUUCGCAGGAUCAGCCCGUGCUAAGUUCACUGAUGACUUCCGGGGAUUGCUGAUGAAGGAAUGUGAGCAGGCCGAAGAACAAUGCCGAUCUGUUUCUUGUAUGGCCGAUGGGCAAUGCAUUGGUGGUGGUGGUGGGUCAGCUUUGAGCUUGUUCUUGAACUCGGCGUUCUGUUUGCAGCCCAGAGGUGAUAGCUUUACUAGGAGAUCUAUGUUUGAUUGUAUAGUGGCCGGGGCUAUUCCAGUGAUGUUCUGGAGAAGAAGUGCAUAUGAGCAAUAUGAGUGGUACUUGCCCAUGGGGGAGGAGAAGGAGAAAGAGUGGUCCGUGUUUGUGGAUAGGAGGAAGGUGAGAAGAGGUGUGGUGAGAGUGAAGGAGGUCUUGGAAGGGAUUGAGGAAGAGAAGGUGAGGAGGAUGAGGGAGAAGGUGGUAGAGUUGAUUCCCAAGUUGGUGUACUCGGCCGGAAGCGGCUAUAUGGAGGACGCCGUCGAUGUGGCGCUCAAUGGGCUUUUCCGGAGGGUAGAGGAGCGCAGGCGGAGUCGGAGCAGGGAAGAGGGCAAGCCUGGUGGAGGUGGAACUUUUGCAUGGUUUGGUGCUGCGUAGUGAACCGGGAAUUUUCAAAUGUCGAUUCGAUUCAUUUAACUGUACGUGAUCAUUCACCAGGUCAGGAGUAUUCCAUGACUAAAAUUAAUAUAUUAUUCCAAAAUUAUUAUUGUUUAUAGUAGAUUU